ACAGAGACGGAUACUAACCAACAAUAUUAUUUUCCCGUCAUUGUGUUCGUCCUACAUUGUAACUGAUUUAUUUUAAUUAAAAUUUAGUUAUUAAUAGAAUUAAUUAUAUUAUUAUAAAAUUUUAUCAUCCUGUAACUAAUUGACAUCAGCAGGUAAAUCCUAGAUAUGGAGAUAUUCAGUGUGUGGUGCGUCAAUAAGUCAUCGCACUUUGCUUCCUAUUGUUUGUGAUGUUAACUGAUGUGUGUCAAGAGGAGACCAUGAUUCCACUUGAUGGAUAAAAUAUCCACCUACGAUAGGCUCACUGAGCCAUUAUUUACAGAUAACCAGCAAUGUUUAAUGUACAAUUAAGCAGUACAGAGCCUCAUAUUACAAGCACCGCUAAAAAUCAUAAUUCCAACAGUGUAUUUUAUACACCACUUACUUCAUUUGCUGAAAUGUGGUACCAAAUAUUUUUAUGGGCACUGUUUUCAUCAAUAUUUGUCCACACAAUAGCAGCAUCAAUUUGUUUUGCGACUUUGCGUAAACACAAAUAUGGAAAAUUCUUUCCAAUCCUGAUUCUGGUAAUGGGAUUUCUGUUGCCAUUGACGUCCGGGGUGUUGAGCUCUGCGGCAAUAGCGUUUGUUUAUCGGGCAUCCAGCUACCAAAUGCCACCUUUGUACGCAUUGUUUUGGGGGAUAGGACAAACUGUUUUGGCUGCUUGCGUCGGUUUCACUCGCAUUCUAGCGACCUUGUAAUUAUCACGGUAUUUAUCGCUCAAACCCACCCUUUACUUCAUCAUCCAAACCUUCAAACGUCAUGUUUAUGUUUCUCCUGAUCAACAGUCGUUUGCUACCAAAAGAAUUUAUUCACUGUCACUGUAAAUAUUAUUCUACAUCGUCCUACUCUUGAGUUCGACAUAGCUCGUUAUUUUUUAUUUAAUACUUUUGAUUUUUUUUUACAUACUCAUGAUUAUUGAUAAUCAUCAGGGUGUUUUAUUAACACCCAGCUCACUAAUGUCUUUCAUGUGAUAUAAUUAUUAACAGACAUUAAUUAUAUAUACUUAUUUCAUUCUUUACUGCCGUUUUAUUUUUUAUACUC